GGCUCGGAGCUGCCAGAAUAUUCAUCCCCAGCAAAACGACGAAAAGUUGACGGCAUCGGUUAUAGUGGUACCAGUAGCCAGAAACCUGAUUUCCAAGAUUGUGAGACAUCGCAUGAUAUCCCCAAUGAAGAUCCCGAAGGUAUUUUGACAAAAAUAUGGUCAAUUCAUUAAUGAAAUUUACAAGAUUGCAAGAUGGCGGUUAAGAAGGCGUCCGCUUUCCUUGCGUUGGUUAUCGUUCGUUCGUAGUUGAUUGAAGACAAGAGCCGCCAUGACAGUUUCUGUGUAUGUCGCAUAUCUAAGUAGCUUCGUAGUUCAUUUUUAAUUUUAUCGAGUAUGUAAUUGCGAUGUUACCAAAUUUUUAUUUUGCUCCAAUAAAAUUACUUGUUAAUUAACUGUAAUUUUUGAACUGCUUCCUAAAACACAUUCUUUAUAGAAGUGACCAUUUGUGCGAAAAUUCACAGUGAAAAUAGAAAAACUAAUCUCAGUGCAAAGGUGUACAGUAUAUUCGAUGGACGUUCACAGAUGGCAUGAUUUUCAUUAUACACGAACGAUACGUGCUGUUGUAUCUGAUUUAAUGGCACCCCGCCAAUUUUGAACAUUUUCAAAAUGAUUUAUUGUGAUGAAAUUUAUCUUAAAUGUGUUUUUAUUCAUAUGAAUAUUACUUUCUAUAUUAUAAUAUCUGGUAAACCUAAAAGAUAUCUAAAAGAUUGCUUUUACAUGGUAAAAUUAAUACAGAAAAAAGAAAAAUCAAUGGAAAUAGGAAAAAAAGAAAAAAAGACAUAUGGUGGAGAUAGUGGAUUCAAUGAAUUAAGUGAUGAAUCCAAAUCAACUUCUAUUUCACCGGAUGCUACAAACUUAAUGACAACCCCAUCACGAAUUGAUUCAACUAGUGAUGACACUGGUUGCCUAAUUGAUACUGCAGAUGAGAAGGAUGAAGUAUCAUCAACAGUUUCAAAUUUAUCUGAUUUAUCAGGACUUUCUGAUUUUUCUGGUGAAGGAGAUAUCAAUCAUCAAUGGAGAAAUGCAUCUUCAUGGGUUCAGAAGCAAAUGUUGAUAGGUGCUGAUCCUCGAAAUCUUUUACAUCAUCUUCUCAUGGAUUCUACUCAGAUUCCAGAACAGGUUGAUGAUUUGACUCUUUGGAAGAUUAUAAUAAAUAUGAUGUCAGAACCACCACGCCGACAAAAAUUAAGACAUAUAAAUACUUUGACAGAUGUUGUCAGAUUGAUACGUAAUAGUAACAGAAUAAUAGUUUUAACUGGGGCAGGUGUAAGUGUUAGUUGUGGAAUUCCUGACUUCAGAAGUAGGGAUGGUAUUUAUUCUAGAUUAGCACAAGAUUUUCCAGAUUUGCCAGAUCCACAGGCUAUGUUUGACAUUAAUUAUUUUAGUCAAGAUCCAAGACCAUUUUACAAGUUUGCACGAGAAAUUUAUCCUGGACAAUUUAAACCAAGUCCUUGUCAUAGGUUUAUAAAAAUGCUUGAUAAACAAAAAAAACUUUUAAGAAAUUACUCACAAAAUAUUGAUACAUUAGAACAAGUCGCAGGCAUUGAAAAUGUGAUUGAAUGUCAUGGCUCCUUUGCUACUGCAUCGUGUACAAGAUGUAAAUAUCAAGUGAAAGCUGAUGACAUUAGAGAGGAUAUAUUUUCCCAGAGAAUACCAUUGUGUCCAAAAUGUCGAAUUAACACUUUGCCUCCCAUUUUGGAGAUUAAUCUUAACGAAAGUUAUAAAGAUUUAGUGACACAAGGUAUAAUGAAACCAGAUAUUGUUUUCUUUGGCGAAGGACUUCCGGAUGCUUUUCAUGAUGCUAUGGCUAAAGAUAAAGAUGAAUGUGAUCUUUUAAUUGUAAUUGGAUCGUCAUUGAAGGUCCGACCAGUAGCAUUAAUACCUUCUUCUAUUCCAUCUCAUGUUCCACAAAUCCUUAUUAAUCGAGAAUCAUUGCCACAUUUAAAAUUUGAUGUUGAACUCUUGGGAGAUGGUGACAUUAUUAUAAAUCAAUUAUGUCAUUUAAUGGAGAACAGUUACAAAGAAGUAUGUUGGAAUGAUACAAUACUUAAGGAAACAACACAAUUAUUAGCAUUGCGUUAUGUAACAGAUGAUACUUGGGAACAAAGUCAAGAUACAUCAUCAAAUACCAUAUUAUCACGAGACAGUGUGGAAAUUAAUUUUAAAGCACAUGAUCCUCAAUCUAUUGAAAGUCAAGAUAAUCUUAUGAUUCACAAUAAUAUUGUAGAACAUUAUGAAGAGAAUAUGAAUGUGCGUAUUUCACCUUUCUGCAAUGAUCAUACCAAUAGCAUAGAAGAAAAAUUCAAUCUUUUAGGAGAGAGUCCUAAAAGAAGAUUAGGAGAAUCAAGCGUAGAAAGUAGCCCAAAAAGAAUGAAUUUUGGUAGCAAUUGUGUAUUACAUUUUAAUACAUGUCCUUCAAAGACAGAGACUAUUUCAGAGAGUUCGAUCGAUUAUAAAUUUCAUACAGUUUCUGUAGAAUCUACAUCGAAAGAUAUUGGGAAAAUUUAUAGUUUAGAAGAAUGUCAAGUAUUUCCAAGAAUAAUAGAAAUCUCUUCGGAAAAUGCAUUAUUAGAUUCUACUUUAAAGCCACAUCAUUGUGUAGAAAAUAGAACAUCUUUAAAAAUGAAUAAUGAUUAUUCAACAAUGAAUUCUACUGAAAUUGAAAAAACGAAUUUUAAACCGAGACAAGCUUCUAUCGAUUCUGCACUAGACUCCGGUGUAGGUGACAGUUGUAAUAGUGUCGACAGUCACGAAGACAAAAAUAGCAAAGAAGAAUUAAAAAAUGGAACAUUAAAUCAGCAUUGUUGGCAUUCUAAAAUACGAAAAAGUCUUGCUGAAAGAUUACCAGAAAAUUCUUAUUAUCAGUUGGCACCAGGAAAAUACAUAUUUCCUGGAGCAGAAAUAUAUUCAGAUCCUGAAGAAUACGAUCAUUGUUCGCUUUCUAUAAAUUCUGAAAGUUCGGAUAGCGACAGUGAUUCUUCAUCCAUAGAUGAAGAAGAAGAUGAUGAAGUUGAAGAGGAAGAGGAGGAGGAGGAAGAAGAGGAACAAGAGGAGGAAAAUGAGAGGAACGAAAAUCAAAUUGAGAAUAAUGAUGAUAAGCUGAAAGAAAAACUAGGUAUGAAAAAAGAAGGCCAUGAAGAGGAGAAUAAUGAGAAAAAUAUUAAAGAAGAUAUAAAAGGACAUAGAAAAAUAGAAACAAAGAAUGAUAAAAUAGAGAAAGAAAAUAAUCAACGAAAAAUAAUGGAAAGAGAAGAUGAAAGAAGAAACAUAAGUAAGUUUCAUAAUGAGAAUAUUUUAGAAAAUUAAAAAAAAAUGUAAGUUUGUUAUUAAAUGAAAAAUAAUUACUAUAAAUUAAAGUGAUUGGUGUUAGAAAAAAAAGAAAAUUAAUACAGAUUCUAAUACGUAACGUGACUGAAAAUAUAAAAUGGACAACAGCAAAUUAUUCAUGCAAUGAUAUACAUGACUUAGGGUAAAUUGCAUCUGAAAAGUAACGAUUUUAAUUCUUACUACUUUUAUCAAACUUGCUUAUUUGAUGAAGCAAAUGAUAAAUAGUUGAAGGAAAGUGCAAUUUUUACCAUGUUUCACGUAUACAUACAAUCUUUACAUGCGUAAAGAGAUGAAAAAAGAGACUCCUAAUAUAAGUAGGAUUCAUGUUUAUCUUUUACCAAGAUUUAUUAAAGAUUUUUUAAAUAAGCUACAUUUUACAGUGAACUAGUCACAGAACAUUAGAAGUUACUGUGAAUCAUAAUUUUGUAGUUAUGAUAGAAAUAUAGCAAUGGUAAAAUUUUUGUUAUUAAAUGGAAAACUUCUUUACAAAAGAUGUUUUCAAUAAGCUUGUUUGCAAAAAGUUCUCCAAAAAUACCUUAUAAUUUUUAUUUUUAAAAAGUACAAACUGAAUAAUAUUUUCAGUGAAUUUAAUAAUUUGCAUAAUUAAAAAUAAGCAUGUUCAUAUAUAAAUGAUUCAGAGAGAUAAAACAUAAUUAAAAAAUUUGUAUCGUUCGAUGAUCACAGAUACAAAUACUGACGAAUAUAUUUGCGAUAAUUUUCUAAUAAGCAAUUAAAGAUUUGUAAAAAAAAAUUUUUUUAGAAAAUUCUAAAAAAAAAGUUGAAAGUAAAUCUUUAAAAAAAAAAGAUGUAAAAUUGCAAUUUUACAAGUCCAAGCAAAAAAAGUAAGAUUAUCCAUGACUUACUUAUGAUAGAUGCUAUAAUUUUUUCUCUUUUUUUUUCUUUCUUUUCUUAAUUUUGUAUAUAAUGUUUGAUAUUAUUUUUUUGAUUUUUUCUUUUUUUCUUUUUUUUCAUUUUGUCAUUUAUUAGUGUUAAGAGUCUGGGAACCAAUGUUCGAAAUGGAUUUGAUUCGAGAAUAUAAUUCGUAAAUAUUUCACAUAAAAAAAAAAAUAGAUUAUAGUCAUUUAGAAUAUUGUGCAAUUAUAGAAAGAUAAAAAUAAUAUAGUAUAUUACGCGAUAUAUUCUCGAGAAAAAAAAUAAUAUAUACAAUGAAUAAUAAAUAUAUGAGAUAAAACAAUACACGUCAGUGUUUGUUCCAUUGAAAUAAAAAUUUAGAUCGGUAUAACUGAAAAGAAUAAAUUCUUUUCAAUUUAAAAUAUUUUACAAUAUGUAUCCAAAUUAAAAUAUGCAAAAUUAAUUUU